AUGUUGCCAGGAGGACGGGAGGUGACGCGAACCAAGUCCAUGAAAGAAUCCAUCAAUCCAAGCACCAUCGCUGGAGGGGACAGCGAACUGAGGACCGUUUCAGUGGAGCCCUCUCUGGAUGGGGGCGACGACAUGAGGACUCUCUCGCUUGCACCUUCUCUGGAGGGGACUGAAACUCUGGACCAUAUUACUCUCGCCAUCUCCCGGUAG